AUGCGCGGCUCCCUCUGCUGGUCAGACGCUCUCACCACACUCCGUCUGAUCCUGAGGAACAUGCCCUCACAUAUCACCGUAGAUCUGCCCAGACAUGUAGCCGUCCAUGACUCACUGCAGCCUUUAAAUACAGCACACACAGCUCAGAGAUGCUCAGACAUGACUGCGCAGAGACGGAGACAGAGACAGCUUCAGGUCAUGGCGAUGCACAAGCGGAUUCUGCAGGCUCUCGGGAACGGCCCGACGCGGCGGAACCUCUUCGGUCCGGUGGAUCGCGAGCAGCUUCAGCUGGAGUACUGCAACGCUCUGAAGAAGGACCUGGAGGAAGCGGCCCGCCGCUGGAGCUUCGACUUCAUCACCGAGACGCCUCUGGAGGGCGGAGACUUCCAGUGGGAGGGCGUGUCCGGGGUGCGGGUGCCCGUCCUGUACCGCACCUGUCAGCAGGGCGAGCAUCCGCGGCCGCACGGGAAAGAGUCGAAGUCUGACGGUCAGGCUGGGCCGUCCGGCGUGGGGAAAGAGAACAUCCCCAGAACCCCAGAGAGGUUCAGCAUUGUCCCGCAGGGCAUCGAGAAAACGCCGGAAAAGAGGACAGAGCUGAAGAGGAAACAGACGAAUAUCACAGAUUUCUACCAGGCGAAGAAGAGGGUGGUGGCCACACCCCGCAAAUCAGGACAAUAACUCAAACACACACACACACACACACACACACUCAGGAACGCUAGUGUGUCUCGGCGAGACUCACGUCCUCUCAGGAGGAAACUGACACACGGGAACUGACGUAACCACCGCUUCUUCUCACUAGAUCGUCUGCUCAUCUACACCGUCAUCUACCUUCAUCCUUUCCAGAACUCUAAACAAUCAUUUGUAGCGUUUUUUGACGCACUCCUGCGGUUUGAUCCGUGCAGGUGUCAUGGACCGAACGCAAGAAACACAACAGAACUGGUCUUUCACUGAUCAUGUUUUUUGAAUGUUAUUCAUUAAUAGGAAAUUGUUUAUCUGUCUUUCCUCUUCCUGUUUAUAUGUUUGCAUGUCAACGGUUAACAUUUAUACAAAUUUACGCUUAAGAAAAUACGUUAAAAUCCUUUCAAAUCCAUUAGGUUUUGUGUGGAGGGGCGAAAACGAUUCUGGAAAGUUUCAGAAUUUGUCUCUUAGUGGGACCACAAAAUUAUAACGAAAGAGUUUCAAUACGAACAACACGAAAACACUGAUUUUUUUUCAGUGUGCACGUAUACAAAAAUGCUUUAUUGCACAAUACUUGUAGCUAAUUUUAAAACUAACAUUUGGUGCCAAAUGUUUUUUUUUUUUUUUUAGUUAUUUAUAAUUCUAACCCUUCUAAGCUGCCAGUAUGUUCUCACACAACUCUCGUAAAAAAGCUGCAAUUACGUUUUUUAAACGUAAACUUAUUGAACAAACACUUGCCAUGAGCAGAAUUAAUUCUGUACAAAUUCUUUGUUGAUUACAUUAAAUUUAGUGCGAAAAUUGGCGUAUGAAUGUUUAACAAAGAAUUUGUACAGAAAUUCGCUCUGGUUGCGUUUCGUGAGCGCCGCCGCUGCAACUACAGCAUAUUUACAAACACUCUUGGUUUUACUUGUAGUUAUGGAAAUACAUAACGUUUGUUUGAAAUGAACGUAAUGUCAGAUAUGAACGCUAAGUUUUCUACACUCACUAGCUGAGAUGCUGGAUCUAUUCCGUUCCCAAAGUUUCACAUUUCAGCAAACGUUCACUGAAACUUCUGUAGUUUGUGAUCGUUCUCGUAUCCUGACACUUGUAGAUUUCUGCGACCUGUCUGUAAAUAUCCUGUCAAUGUCCAGAUUAUUCAAUAGAGAAUUGCACUUGUUAUUUUGAGUAGUGUAGCUUGCACAUGUCUGUUUUUUUUUUUUUUGUUAAAGAGCUCAGAAUAUAUGCUGUAUUUAUUUUACGGUUAAAUAUUGUAUUGUAGAUUGACAUAAUUGUACUUGUAAUAAAGCUGUUUAUAAAGAGAAA